AGAGUUUAAAUAGCUGUUGGAAGCGUGUAGCCUGGGUUAUAGAUUUGUUAACGUCGGAUCUAAAAAAAAAAUCUGGAAUGCUUUACGACACCAGAAGAGCUUUCGUACAUCCAUUGACUGCAAUGAUGUCAAACUGUUGAGUAGGAUUUCCAGCCCAAAGUGUCUGGCCAAUUGGAAAUACUGAGAAUCAGAUUGAGGAGUUUGUCAUCGGCUAUUGUGUGAGAAUCUGUUUACCCGCAGACUGAUCUUUCACCACCUUUUCGAAGAGAAUCAUGCGCUUUUGAUUUGAUCCCAGUGGUUCCAGUUUGAAGAGGGCUGGGGAAAGCGAAAGGCACUCUGACAGCCCUCACUCGCUCUGGCGUCCACCAUGAAGAUGCCCCUGAAGAGGGUCCCUGAGUCCCAGGGUUCAGCCGUGGUUCACCUGCAGACCCCGCGCAAACUGGUGGCUGGCAUCCAGGACGAGCCCUACAUGAGUCUGAUCGGCAAACACUUGGCUUCGUUUGCGGAAAAUUGCGGCGGCUGUGACGAACUAGAGAAGAACUCAUUGCCCGGUUGUGAAGAAGGGGAGAUAGGGACAGAUCUUGGCAUUAAAUCAGAAUCAGAAAAUUGCAACGAAGUCGGAUCCUCUGAAGAAGAAGAAAGCCAUGUUCCUGAAAGAAAAUCAUUCCUAAGCGAGGAACAACAAUGUCAGAAAAAGACUAUAACUCAGAUCAUCAAGGACAAGAAGAAGCAGACACAGCUCACACUGCAAUGGUUGGAAGAAAACUACAUCGUGUGUGACGGGGUCUGUCUGCCCCGGUGUAUUCUCUAUGCCCACUAUUUAGAUUUUUGUAGGAAGGAGAAGCUGGAACCAGCCUGCGCUGCCACCUUUGGAAAGACAAUACGCCAGAAGUUUCCUCUUCUCACCACCAGAAGACUUGGGACAAGAGGACAUUCAAAAUAUCACUAUUAUGGAAUUGGCAUCAAAGAGAGCAGUGCAUAUUACCAUUCGGUCUACUCGGGCAAAGGCUUGACAAGGUUUUCAGGAAGCAAACUGAAAAGUGAGGGAGGAUUUACACGGAAAUAUUCGCUCAGUUCAAAAACUGGAACAUUGCUCCCAGAGUUCCCUAAUGCACAGCAUCUUCUUCUUCAAGGGCCCAUCUCUAAGGAGAAGGUAGAUACACUUAUUAUGAUGUACAAAACCCAUUGCCAAUGCAUUCUGGAUAAUGCAAUCAAUGGAAACUUUGAAGAGAUUCAGAACUUUUUAUUACAUUUUUGGCAAGGAAUGCCUGACCAUCUUCUUCCAUUGCUGGAGAAUCCUGUCAUCAUUGAUAUAUUUUGUGUAUGUGAUUCUAUCCUCUACAAAGUUCUGACAGAUGUGUUGAUUCCAGCAACAAUGCAAGAGAUGCCAGAAAGUUUGCUAGCAGACAUCAGAAAUUUUGCUAAGCAUUGGGAGCACUGGAUGUCUUCAUCACUGGAAAAUCUCCCAGAUAACCUUUCUGAAAAGAAACUGCCCAUUGCACAGAGAUUUGUUUCUUCUCUAAAACGGCAAACUUCAUUUUUACAUCUUGCACAGAUUGCCAGGCCUGCUUUAUUUGACCAGACUGUUGUGAACUCCAUGGUGGCUGACAUUGAAAAGGUGGAUCUAAACAGCAUUAGUUCACAGGCCCUACUCACAGUAUCGGGUGGAACAGAACAGGACUUUGAACUGUAUUCGGAUUAUGACUCUAUUACAGUGUUUCAAGAAUUAAAAGACCUGUUGAAGAAAAAUGCUACAGUGGAAUCAUUCAUUGAAUGGUUGGAUAUAAUAGUCGAGCAAAGAGUCAUCAAGCCAAGUAAACAAAAUGGAAGAUCCCUUAAGAAGAGAGCUCAAGAUUUUCUUUUGAGAUGGAGCUUUUUCGGAGCCCGAGUGAUGCAUAAUCUCACUCUUAACAAUGCUUCAAGCUUUGGUUCCUUUCAUCUGAUUCGAAUGCUGCUGGAUGAAUAUAUUCUGUUGGCCAUGGAGACUCAGUUUAACAAUGACAAGGAGCAGGAGCUACAGAAUCUCCUGGACAAAUAUAUGAAAAAUGCAGAUGCUAGUAAAGCAACAUUCACAGCAUCACCAAGCUCAUGUUUUCUUGCAAAUCGUAACAAAAACACAUUGCUUUCUAACGAUGCUAUGGUAAAAAAUGAAUCUUUGGCAUCACAGACAUAUCCAUCUCUAGCAGCAAGCCAACACAACUUAGCUACUAGUGUGACUCCAUUCCCAAAUGCUGAAAAUGACCCUCUUCAAAUGGCAGAUUCUAUGGAGCUUUCUCACAGUAACAGUCAUGUGAUCACUCCACCUCUAUCUCCAACUUUGGGCAACAGAGGAAGUGUAAUCAACCAAGGACCGAUGGCUAUUAGGUCUCAGAAUGGCAGCUCUGCAUUACCUGUCCACACGCACUGUCACCCGUACUCAGACUCCCUCUACCAGACGUUGCCCCAGCCCGAUCAAGCCUACUAUGGCGCUAGCUCCAAUUAUCAAGCCAUGUUCAGGAAUCAGACACAUGCUUCUCCUGCAGUGUAUCACCAUAGAGCGGAUCCCAGUCGUUUCACCUCUUUCAAUGAGCAAGCAGUUUCAAGGGACUACUUCAACAGUAGCUGUGCUGUGUCACCCUAUAACACCAGAGCUCCAUCUAAUUUUGGGUCAUCUUCAAAUCCGCAGGAAGCACACAACAUGCAGUUGCUGAAUGGAGGCACUUUUAACUUUUUGGGAAAUUCAGUUGCAUGUCAAGGAGCAUCAUUUCCUUCCACUGGCUCCAAUGGUUACUAUAGUCACAACAACUACCCAGAAUCCCACAGAUUGGGGCCCAUGAUUGACCAACAUGUAUCUGUUAUUAGUAGUGUAAGCAGCAUUCGAUCGGUAGCUGGUUACAAUGACAUCCAUGAUCCGCUCAACAUUCUGGAUGACAAUGGAAGAAAACAGGCAGGAUCAUACUAUGCAGAUUCUUCAUCAUUAGUUUGUCGAGCUCCUGUGGCUUCACAUAUGCAAAGUGUGAUUUCUUCAUCUUCUUCCCAAUGCAUGUACAGCAACAACUCAAGUCAAUAUGAUUCUCAGGAUGCAGUUGAUGUACACAGACAGCCUGGAGAGGUGACAAAUAUGGUAUCGUCUCUACCCCCAAUCAACACGGUGUUCAUGGGGGCCACAGCAGGAGGAACAUAGGCUUUGAAGUUUUAAUGAAACACUAUCAAAUAUGCAAUGUAUCUCAAAAACACAUUAAUGGGAUCAUCUGAACAAUAUUCCAGGAGUUUUGCAGCAGUCAGUAAAUCCAAGAACCAUGUGGAUGUCUUAAUUGCAAACUUUACCAUUUGCCAAACAGAAAAUGGCACCAAAACAUGGAAAAUACCUAUGAUAGAGUCUACCAAUGUCAAAAAUGAAGAAUGUUGCUUCAGAGUGAUAACUUAAUGUUUACUUCUGAGAUAAAACAUAGCAGGUAUUAAUUUUGAGACAGUCAGAUUGUAACAUGGAGUUUACAAUGAUUAUUUAUAAUUAUCUGUAAUAUGCUACAAUACUUUUGUGUUUAAUAAUCAGUUAAUGAUGCAAUGCCACUUGUAACCUGAGAUUCAUUUGCUAUUGUGUAUUUUCUAUUUAUUUUUUGUGGAAUUUAUUGUUUUUCUCUAAAGUUCAUUUAUGCCUAGCUGUUUUGUUUCAUUGAUUUGACUUCUUUUUGCAUAUUAGUACACAGCAAAUCUCAACAAAAUAAUUUGCCACUGAGGAUAUUUUCAUUGGGGCAGAACCACCUGCACAUGGAGUAUCAAUGAUGCAUAGUGUCAUGUCAAACAAGAACACUUACAAUCUCAUUGUUGUUCAGAUCCAAAAUUUCCUGGUUUUCCUGAAAAUAUGUGGAAAGUGCUAGAUAUUGGAGCGAGCACUGACUAAGCGUGUGACGUUUGGCAAAACAGCUGAUUUUAACCAUGAGUCCUGACUGCUCAAGAUUGGUUAUGCAUGAGUGACAGGGUUAUGAUGCA